UUUGGAUUUGCGCUCGAUGACGAUCAACAACGACGACCUCCGCGCACUGACGCCAGCCGACGCCUUCGACUACUUCACCUACGGCGAAUGGACCAUCUCGCCCAUGGAGAUCCAGCGCACGUACUGCCUCCAGGCCAACGACGACGACGGCCUCGGGCCUGGGCUCUGGGUGCUGCGGAAGAUCGCCGACGUCGGCCAGCCCCCGAUCAAGGCCAGCCCGAUGGCGUCCAGCGAGUACGCCGAAGUCGAGAUCGCGACGCGUAUCUCGCAUGCGCCACGCCCGUGCACUGCUAGCGCGGUGCCCGUCGCCGUAUCGCCGAGCGCCGUCGAUGUGUCGAGCGACAACGGCUACGAAUUUGGCGACGAGGCUGGCAUGGAAGACGAUGCGGAAGCGAAUAUGGAGCUCAAUGACGCAGCGCCGGCGCCUUUGUUUGCGACGUCACCACCUGCUCCGACGGUGGCCGCGUCAAUCCAGUCGACGCCUGUCAAGGUUACCCUGCCCCCGCGCACGACUGGCAUCUCGCCCACGCAGGCCAGCAGCAAGAUGGCCGUGCGUCGCCCCAACAAGCGACCUCUCGACCCUUCCACGUCAUUGCAGCUGCUUCCAUCGACCCCGCUGGAGAUUGAUGACGACAUGCUGACCGUCGAAGUGGCGCGUGCGCACGUGGGGCCGCUCGUGCACUCGCCGCUCGAUCUCGAGAGCGAUUUUACAGCGACAACGAAAUCGACGACGCCUCUCUGGACCCGCUUGCGCUCGGGCUUUGACAGCAUGCUUACCGACGGGUGGAGCUGCCCUGCGCCUUUGACGACCGUCGACGAAGAUGCCAUGUACUACGACAUGGAGGACUUCCACGACUCGCCCCUCGACGUGACAGUGGCCCUCGCGACAACGUCUGUGCCCGAUGCUCCAGUGGCCAAGGCUCGUAAGCGACGAAAGACCGCCGCGACGCCGACGCCGACGCCGCGACGCAUGACGCGCAGCCAGACAAAGCUCAAGCUGGAGCGCCAGGGCAUUUCUGAAGCCAACAUGCUCGAGCACCCCCGCAAUUCGGUCGACCCGCCGCGCCAAUGGCAACGGUGGCAGUCGUGCGGCCAUCUCCACAGCACGGGUAGCGCGUGUUGUGAUCACCACCACCAAUAGUUGGCUGGUCGUCAACUACUAAACUUAUGUAAUCGAAGGAAAUGUACAGUAUCUAUGGUGAAGCACUGG